AAUACUCACUCGCUCUGUAGCCGUUCGCAACAGGGAUCAUGACUUCCCGCCCGCCAACUCCGACCUCUGCCGGCGCAAGGCCAUAGCUUGUGCCUUUGUGAUCAAGUACAGCCUCGCCCUUCUGCACCUUGUCCAUUGCCAAUUGUCUGAGGUCCUUCAAGGAGACGCCCUCCGGCGCGGUUAUGUGCCAUAUUUGCUUUCCGUCGAGGUUUUUGAAGAUGUUGGUGAUCGCCGAGGAGGCUGCGCGCUCUGUAGAUGCAGCCUUAAAGUCCUCGGGCGGGACAAAAGGUCGCGCUUGUUGGAAUGUGACGGUCUGCGAUUGUGAAUGCGCGGUCCGCGCGUCCGCUCGCUGCUGUGGUGGAGCUGCCUCUUCCUCCGACUCGUCGCUUGAGUCACUCGAAACUUCAGUGCUGCUGUCGCUAUCCUCCUUCUGCUUCUUUUGCGCCUCCCGCUGCUGUGCCUGUUUCAUGUCCGUCUCCGCGUCAUCGCUGCUCUCUUCCGAGCUGCUGCUGGCGCCCGCCUCUUCAGUUAAGACCUGCUUCGGCGCAGGCUUCUUCGAGACCGCAGCGUCCUUGGUCGCUGUCUUUGGGGUAUCUUUCUGCUUCUUCUUUGCUUCCGGUGUCGGCUUUGCUACGCCAUUUGUCUUUGGUCUGUGGACUGCGAUGUUGAUCGACGUCUUCUUUUGUGUAUCGCUCGGCUUAUUUGCGACCUCGUCUGACGAAUCGUCGCUGUCGCCAACCAGCUCAUUGCUCAAUUGGCCCUUCAGUUUUGCACUCUUCGGGGUAGGCACGGGUAUGGGAGUUUUCUUGGAGCUGGGAGCUGGUAUGGGAGUCUUCGUCUUGGAGCCUGGCAGCGGCACGGGUGUUUUCCGGGGUUUGCUCAUGGCGAAUCUCAGAGCAACUUGCGCGCGCAAGUUGGAGUUGCAGCGUUUCGAACUUUUUGAAAUUCCGCCGGGGAUGCCCCAUCGGCGCGGAACACGCUUACCCGAUUUGUGCGCGCUAAAGAAAACAGUGCAACUACUUUGUCACUGCGACCUGUCUGAGCAUCGCCGCGCAACAUCGAAAAUGACUGGGAAAAGGAAGAGAGGCGAGGCAAUUGCUAAGGAGAUACCGGAAAUAGCACCUCACAAUGGCAUCGCAAAACCACUAAGCGCCAUUGCAGCUGCAAGACUGAAACUAGAACAAGCUGCUGCUCCAAAAAGCACCACAGACAGUGUGAAAGAAGCGCCACCAAGCCCACUUGCCGACUCAACGGCAUCUGAGGCAGAGUCCGAACCCGAGGACAUUUCUCUCGUUCCGCAGAACUUCAAGCUCAGCACGUGGCGGAAAGCCAAGUCCACAGUUCUCUCCGACACUACAAAGGAGUUGACUAUUGUCCUGGACAAGCAUGCUACUGCCUCGUUCGUUGGAUGCUUUGAUGUCAAAGUCCUGAAAGGGGCGGUACAUAUCAAUGGCGCAAACUUGGGCGCUACGUCGAACGGAAGCAAAGAGGAGGAAAGCGUGCAUCGUGUUUAUGUGCCAUCCACGCAUCCGAUCACCAAGAUUAGAGGAUUGGAUCGCACAAACCAUGUUCAGUUGCGGAGUUGUCGAAAGCCGACACCGUUUGCAGAUAUUAACCCGCUCUUCGCCAAUAUCUGGAGUGGGGACAGAGACGGCGACAAGAGUAGAUCGUUCACUGGGGUAAGUUGGUCGAAGUUCCCCUCGAGAGCAACGUUAAAGUCUAGACAGGUGAUGGAAACCGACGAUGAUCCCUUGGGACGACCCCUAGUCCCAGAGCACGCUCCAGAAGACUGGCUUCGCUCAAUAGACGACAUCUCUACUGCCGCAUCGACUACCUUCAUUGUCGGCAGCCCAACCUGCGGAAAGUCGACUUUCGCCAAAAGACUACUUAACCGCUACCUCACCGGCUUUGGCAAGACAGCCAAAUCUGUCCCCGCAGUAUGCUAUCUCGACCUCGACCCCAGCUCCCCAGAGUACACGCCCCACGGCCAGAUCUCCCUCACGCUCGUACGCGAGCUCAACCUCGGGCCAGCCUUCACCCAUCCCACCACCACCCGAGGUCGCACAAACAACAACUCCACAAUCGCCGCGCACGUGCUCCCCCACCAGGACCUCACAAACUACGAAGACCACUUCACCGCCUGCGCCUCGCACCUCGUCCAAACCUACCGCAGCCUCCGUCUCGCCGGCCCCUCACCGCCCCUCAUCAUCAACACCUCUGGUUCCCUCUACACCGCGCACUUCCCUCUCUUCACAACACUUCUGAACGUCACAAAACCAUCCCACAUAGUCCAUCUCUACGCCAAACCCUCUAUCUCCGCCGCCACCGCAGAGAACCUGCACACCCUCACCCUCCUCGCGCAAAAAACGUCCGCAACGCUGCAUGAGCUAUCCGCUCAAGCCCCCAUCCUGCCCCAGCCCCGCACACCAGCGGAACUAAGGGCAAUGCACAUGACGUCCUACUUCCACCACCUCUCCCUCUCCCCUUCGUCCUCCCAACCAAUCUACACGCCCUCCCCGCUUACCACACUCACCCCCUGGACCCUCUCCUACACCCCCUCACAAACGAGGACGCAGGACAUCCUCGCCCUCCUCCCACUCUACGAGCAAGAAGUUCCCGCCUCCACCCUCCUCACCGCAUCGAACGGGUGCAUCCUGCACAUCGUGCGCACCACCUCGCCUCCCGCCGUUCCGCCGCGCCGCACGCCGAAGAGCAAGAUCCCGUACUACGAACACGACGCGGAGACGCACCUCCCGCCGCUCCUUUCCCCUGACGCCACGGAAACAAUAUGCACUGCUCUGCUCGUCGGGGUUGACCCGCGCGCCGGCGAGCUGCACAUCCUCGUCCCGGCGCCGUUUGAGGACCUGCUUCCCAGCCUGGAUGCAGAGACCACGGUGCUGGUUGCGGGAUGCGCGGAUACACCGGAGUGGGCGUACGUAGAGGGUGCGUAUGCGGAUGUUUCGCGGCGGCGGCGGGAGCUAGGUUCGCGAGCGCAGUUUGCGGGGCUGGAAGUGCUGGGCGAGGGGGUGGAGAGGGGCCCGUGGGUUGAGCGGGGAGCAGUGGUGGAAGGGAUGGGGUAUACCGGGGCAGUGAGGAGGGUGAGGCGAUUCCUUGGGUAGGUAGAGAAAUGGAAGCAGGAAGGAAGGAGAUGCGGGAUCGGAGGGUGGAUGGGCACUUGUAGGCUUGAUGGUACGCGAGAUUGGUAGGAGUUGGAUUGGAGAUGUGUCUACGCUGACUGUAUCAUACACCGGGCCGAAGUGACCCAUGUCAAAAACCAUUCCUCGCGUUCACGAAGCGAUGAAUUAAACCACUGUAUUCUCAAGAAAGCUCCUCGUACAAAUAG